AUGUAUACCAUACACGCAUGCCACUGCGGUUAUGAAAGGCCACCUCAUCCUUUUGGUGUUGGUGACGCUUAUGAUACAGCACUCCUGCUACUAGUUCUUGGAUGGAACUACAGCUCGCUCACUCUAUAUUCUGCAUCUGCUCAGUCUUCAGCGGUAUCACGGGGACCCUCUAUCACGUGUUAG